GUUUCUGCACUGAAGAACAGGUUGAAGAAAGUCUCUACAACCACUGGAGAUGGUGUUGCAAGAGCCUUUCUAAAAGCACAAGCAGCUUUCUUCGGGAGCUACAGAAACGCCCUGAAAAUUGAACCUGGUGAACCCAUCACCUUCUGCGAAGAGACAUUUGUGUCCCAUCGUUCCACGGUCAUGAGGCAGUUCCUGCAGAAUGCCAUCCAGCUCCAGCUCUUCAAGCAGUUCAUCGAUGGCCGUCUGGAUCUCCUCAACUCUGGCGAGGGCUUCAGUGAUGUGUUUGAAGAAGAGAUAAAUAUGGGAGAAUAUGCAGGUAGCGACAAGCUGUACCACCAGUGGCUCUCCACAGUGAGGAAAGGAAGUGGAGCCAUUUUAAACACGGUAAAGACCAAGGCUAACCCUGCCAUGAAGACUGUCUAUAAGUUCGCAAAAGAUCAUGCAAAAAUGGGAAUAAAAGAAGUGAAAAACCGCUUGAAGCAAAAGGACAUUGCUGAGAACGGGUGUUCGGCAGCGCCGGAGGAAUCUCUGCCAAGGACAACGCCGUCACCCUUGGCUGAGAAGAAGGACCCGAAGUUAAGAGAGGACAGAAGACCAAUCACAGUACAUUUUGGUCAGCAGCACAGACUCCGUCCGCCUCGGCCGCCGCCCCCAAAGAUCCAGCGCUCAUCCAGGCCCGUUCGGCCACCAAGACCUCAUGUUGUUAAGAGACCCAAGAGCAACAUUGGUGUGGAGGGACGGAGGACUUCAGUUCCCAGCCCAGAACACCUCGUAAAGCCCAUGCGACACUAUACAGUCUUCCUCUCUGAGGACUCUUCUGAUGAUGAAUUUCAGGAGGAAGAGGAUCCUGUCUCUGGCUUCUCUGAAAACUUUUUCUUCUCUGCUCCUUUCGAAUGGCCUCAGCCCUACAGGGCCCUGAAGGAAUCAGACAGUGCGGAUGGGGAGGAGGCAGGGAGUCCUGAAAAACAGAAAGAGCCACUGCCCCCCAGCCCUCUGAUCUCCAGCAAGGCUGUGGAAAUCAACCUCCUGGAAGACAUCUUCCCCAGCCUGGAAGUGGAAGCUCAGCCUCAGCCUCUCAGCCAAGCCAAGAGCCUGGAGGACCUGCGGACGCCCAAGGAGGAGGCAGAGCAGCGAUGCACCUUUGAGUACCAGAGAAUGGAUCUUGGCGUGUCCGAGAGGAACAGGAUUGUGCCAGCCAUGAGGCUGUCCCACCCUUACAACAAGCUGUGGAGUAUGGGCCAUGAUGAUAUGGCUAUUCCCACCAAGUAUUCCCAAAGCUCACCGGAAAGGCCCUUGACCGCCCUGGGAAACAUGGCCUCAGUCAGCAGGAGACCCCAGAGCAGGGACAGUGGUCUGGCUCCUGCAGAAAAGGAUGAAUCGAAUCCUGCCAUUCAAGGGAACAUCACCAUUCCUAGGCCACAGGGAAGAAAGACUCCAGAACUGGGGAUAGUGCCCCCCCCACCAGCACCCAGGGCUGCCAAGCACCAGACUCCGGCUGGGUCAGCAGAAAUCCUCACUGCUCACGGGCGCAGCCAUUUGGGUUCAGAUCUUAUCCCAGAGCCCUUUGGAAGCCACAGCCCUUCUCCACCCAGCUCCCUGCAGCCAGUGUGUCUGAGUGGUCCUUCCAAACCCCGAACGUUACCGGUGGGCCAGUCUGGCACGAAGGUAGAUCCCAAACAGGCACUAGCUCUCCUGGCCAGUGAGCCCCCUUUGCUCCCUGCCAGGCCAGCCAAGGGCCUGGAGUCAGUGUUACUGUCCUCAAAAUCUGAGGAGACAAAAGAUCCAUUUGAAGACCUGUUAAAUAAGACAAAGCAGGACGUGUCACCCACGCCAGGUAAGGUGGAACAGCUCAGAAAGCGAUGGGAAACCUUUGAGUGA